CUUCAUACUUUUCAAAUUAGAAGAUCUGAAGAUCUGUGAUUUCCGCCAGACCCAGCCCUCUUUGGAUUUACGUCUGACGGGAAUUAUUGGCCAAUAGUAUUUUGAAUUGUGUUUUGCCAAGGGCAACAUAUAAUUUAAGAAUGCCAAAGACAGAAGAACCUACCUAUCCGUUUUGUCCCGAUGAAACAAAAUACGAAAAGCUUGCCAAAAUUGGACAAGGAACAUUUGGGUAAGUGACACACUGCCAACAAUCAUUAAUGAAAUUAUUAACGAACAACAGUCAGACACACUGAUUGACACAGUACAAUGAGUACAUUGACUGUUAAGACUAUGGCCUAUGGACUAUUCACUGACAAUGUUAGUGGGAUCCUUGUUGUGUUGAGUAGACACAAUGGCGAGAAGACUACCGUGUCGUAUUUUAUUAUGUGAGUAGGCAUGGGAUUGACUAUUACUCUUACAGAGGUUCUGGGCUGGUUUUGAGUUAGCGGCAAAGGGUAAGGCCGACGAUGUGUUCCACGGUAUAUAGGUCAUGGAGUUUCCCCCAGAUCCAUUUCCAUCUACAGUGCCAUACUGAAAAGAUUUCGAUGUUUGUAAUUACAUAAUGCAAGUUACUGUUUUCUUAUUUUAUAUUUUUUGUUAAAUUGAGGAGGGGUCUCCCCCCCUCCCCAGAGAAUUUCUAUUUUUCUUAUUUUGGUAUUUAAAGUGAGGGGAGGGGUUUUGCAUUCCAAAUGCAAUUUAAGAAGUAGUCUUAGUCUUCCUUUUGUUACCUAAGUUUCAACAUACGGGUAUUUUGAUUUCAACUAAUCAGCAAUUUUGGCGGGCGUCUUUUUUUUUCACCGGUGUUGGGUCUUGGGUGUGUUUCUUUUUUUCCUUCUUUUUGAAACGUGUAAGUUGAAUUUUAAUACAAAUUAAUGGAAAAUUUCAUUUCAAUAUACUUCAUUUAACCGUAUCGUUUAUGGCGUGAGUAAUGCUCAAUAAAGAACAAGAAUGUUAUAACACACAUCAUUCGGGUCCUUAAAAGAAUAGAUCUAUUCACCCUAAGUCCAUUGUUGGGAGUCCCCAAUGUGACCUCACUGUGCUUAGGGUGAGAAAACUCUUGGCAAAACCCAUACUGUUAACUCAAAAUUUACAGAGGUUCUGUUCUGGUAGUGUUCGUUGCUGCAUCCAUAUACUGGCAUGUGCAACAGUUGGGGAAGCGAUGUUGCUAUUCUAACAGCUCCUAGCAGAUGCCAGGGCAGCCUUGAAGCUUUCGACCGAUGUCAAGUCGAUAGCAGUAUUGUCUAGGUGGUUUCAAGGGAUUAUUGUGCGUGGGAAGAAUGAUUGUUGAUACUGCACUGUGCUACACCGUAGAGUUUUUCUAUGCAGUUGGCUGGGUAAGAAAAAAUAUAAGGCGUGAGAGAGAAAUUCUCGGAAAAGGGCAUUUAGUAGACGUCAACAUGUUUAACAUCUUUUCAAAGGGCAUUUAACAUUUAUUAAGUUUUUAAUUAUACUGUGCAAUGGGUUGUUUAAGGACAGUAAUGGUGUUAGACAAAAUGUAUCUUGGUUACCUAAUGAGCUCUUGCUUGAGACGCCAAAAUGACAUGCCUAGACAAAGUUAAGUCAGGGCGUUGACGAGAGUCCCAUCAUGCAAAAAUCCCUUUAGCUUAGGCUUGAUUGGGUUUCACUCUUUUUUGGCCUAGUGUAAUAGUUACUUGGUUAAAAAAUGCAAAAAUAAUUAUAAAGAUAUUUAUUAAUUAUUAUUGUCGGAUAAUCAGAAUCAACUCUCUAUAUGAUAUAUGAAUUUUUAAAAUAUGAGUUCGUUUGGUAUUAUUACUCUAUGGAGUACGCCUGCACAUUUUGUGACUCCAUUAUGCUGAAUCAAGUCCUGUGCAACAACUUUUGUUUUAAUGAUAAUUUUAUACAACUUUUAUUUUUUUUUUAGAAUAAGUGCUGUAUUGAAAAUUAAUUUAAUUAAUAGUGGUGAUAAUUGAAUAUUUCAUCAGUAUUGGCAUAUUCCACCACUAAAAGGGUGUGUGGUCAAAAUGGGGCCAGGCGACAACUCAUUGUAAUGCAGGUUCCUUAGAUGAGCAUAACCAUUAGACGACAUGUCCUAGCUCAAUGACACAUGACUCACACAUAUACAUCAUAAUACUAUUUUUAUACUAUGACUAAAGACUGCAUAUCCACAAUGUCAAUGUGUACUUGAUUCAACUGAUUGCUCCAUGCACUAUAACUCUUCUUGUUUAAAUAAUAAUUUGGUCAAUUUAUGCAGUCUACGCCACUUUGGGUUUCUGUAUAGGAUUUUCUCCCCUCUGUUUAUUCAUGGAGGUUAGUUUUUAUUUAAGCGUAUUUGAUGAAAAUAUAAGUUGGAUUUUUAAUCUUUUUAUUCAAAUUGACGAUCUUUUCAGUACAGUACAGUGUGUAACUGUUGCACAAAAACACAUGGCUUUAGGGUUCACAUUAGGUGAUAGGUCAUAGAUUUUAGUUUUGAAGAUUUAUGCUCAAGUUAGUGGGGACUAAAUUGAGGGAGUAAAUUUAUGCACAAGUGGGGGUUUGGGAAGAUAAUUGACGUUUUAGUUAAGGAUACUGACUUAGCAUUCAUGUUAGUCCUUUUUAACGAAUAGUCCUUUUUUUAUUUUACUGAAGAAGCACCAACAUCCAAAAAAUUGAAAUCUCAGAUUCUUGUACGCUGACGUCCAUUUCCCAUACACAUUUUGAAGUAGUCACCCUUGCUUCACCAAAGUGCCCAGGCCCAUGAAAGUGAUGUCAAACCUUUUAAAGACAUAUUAAUAAGACACGAACAAAUUGUGUCAAUAGAACAAUAUGAGUUAGCUUUAAUAAUAAUUGUACAUUAUACAGAAUUAAACGUUUCGGCACAUGCCUUCAUCAGUACAAACAAACACAACACAUUUAAAUAAGUAUAAAUUAAAUUUACAUAAUGUCAAUAUAUAUAUCCUACCUAAAACAGAAAAAAUAUAGGAGAGGGCGCUUAAACCUGACAAAAACAAAGUAAAGAGAUGUAGAAAGGAAGUGAUUCAAACAUAAUUGGAAAAACCAAACAGGAAAAAGACAUGGCAGCUAAGUAAAACUAUGGAUUUGGUUCAAUCCAUAUGGAGACAACGUACCAAAUCUAGUUAUUAAUUUGUUCUCCAUAUAGAUUCUAUCUGCAGUGUUACUAGUAUAGAGUAUACCAGUAACUACAAUAUCUGAGAUACCAUUAUGGUUAGGGCUAUUGAAAUGUUUGGAGACCGGACAGAGAGCGUGUUUAUUUAUGUUAUAGAGGUGCUCUCUGAAACGGUCCCCAAGGCGACGACCUGUCUCUCCUAUGUAUAGUUUACCGCACUUUUUGCAAAUGAUGGUGUAAAUCACGUUGCGACUUGUGCAGGUAAAACCAUCUUUUAUUCUGAAUACUCCCAGAGGGAAAGUGAUCGUAUCAGUUUCGAUCACAUAGGGACAUGAGUUGCAACGGCUACGGUUGCAACAUUUUGUGCCUUUAUAUGCUUUAAUAGCAGGGAGGUGGCUUCUAACUAGCAUGUCCCUAAGGCUCUUGUCCCGCCGGAAAGCGAAAAGAGGAGGUUUUCUAAAAAUCGCAUUUGUGACAGGGUCCGCCAUAAGAAUGGAGCGGUUUUUAAGAACCAGAGAGCGAGCUUUUAGGUUGUGGGGAUGAAAAGUUAAGAUAAAUUUAGACCUAUCGCUAGUGUCAGAAUGAGUAGCUUUAAAAGAAGCCUGUCUAGUCAUACCUUUAACUCGAGUGACAGCUGCUUUUAAAAUUUCUUCGGGGUAUAAUCUGCGUCGGAAAAAAUCCAACAUUUCAGACAUUCUUUCUCCAAAAUCUUCUUCAUUACUACAUAGUCUUCUGAGUCUCAGCAACUGAGAAAAUGGGAUGGAGUUUUUACACCAUUGAGGGUGGGAUGAUGAAUAUAGCAAGAAGCUAUGACUGUCUGUUUGUUUAUAAAAAAUGGACGUAGAUAUUUUGUUCUCAUGAAGGUUAAUUCGUAAGUCCAAAAAAUUGAUGGUGCUUUUAUGGAUCAUUGAAGUGAAUUUAAUUGUUGGAUGAAAAUUUCCAAUGAAGUAAAUAAAACUUUCUAGUUCUGUUAUGUCCAUAUUAGUAAUCCCUAUACAAUCAUCAAUGUAUCUUCUGUAGUAUUCUGGGAAAGGACCUUGGUAGUGUUCUCUCCAAAGAUGUUCCAAAUGGCCCAUAAAUAAGCAUGCAUAACUUGGUCCCAUUUUCGUUCCCAUAGCAACACCACUGAUCUGAUCGAAAAAUUCGCCAUUGAAUUCAAACGAAUUAAGCUGUAGAACCAAUUCAGUCAAACGUACAAUGGCACUUGUUGGAAAAUUGGGAUUGGGAUUCGUAUUCAGAAAAAAUGAAAUUGCGAUGAGUCCAUCUGUGUGGGGAAUCGAGGUGUACAGUGAAGAAACGUCCAUUGUAAAAAGUAAAUGGGUUUCAUUAGGUAAAACCAAGGACUCGAGAGAUUUGAUCAUGUGGUUAGUGUCCUUAAUAUACGAUGGUAAAUUUUCAACCAUGGGCUGGAAAACUGUAUCCAAAAACUCAGAAAUCAGUUCAGUAGGACAAGAACAAGCUGAGACAAUAGGUCUUCCUGGACUUCCCUCCUUGUGAACCUUGGUAAACCAUGCUUGUAUUUGCUUCCAAAACCCACUUUCUAAUUGCACAGUGCCAAUACUGCUAUUUAACCUGAAUACUGAAGUUCUAAUUAAGAUUCUUGGUAGAGACCGAAAUUCAUGCAAAAUAGACCCUUGAGUGCCCUUUUCUUUUAUAAUAUAAUUACAAUCUAGAAGAUAUGCCUAUAACAAUUAAUGUGGCUCUAAUAAAGUCAAUUAUAACCUAAAUAUCAGGCUAUAGAAAUAUCACGAAUUGUUUAGCGGUUUUCGUCAUACUUAAUGUUUUGUGUUUUCAUAAAUAUCUGGCAAGAUAUUCCUGUAUUAAUAAUUAGCCUAGUACCAACACAUUAGUCUUACUGUGCUGGUGACUAAAUUAUUUCGUUCGGUGACCAACUUACCUCACCUCCCUUGGUGGGUGGGAAAUUAUUUUUAUUUUUUUAACCGGGUCUCUUAAAAUAGUUCUUCUGACGGGUCUCGACGGAGAAUCGCAGCAAGACAUCUAAAUUGGUCGCCUAAAUCAUAAAAGUAAACAGGUCUGCCGUUGGCCUACUACAAAAUUAUAAUACAAGCCAGUGAUACAUGCACACACUUGUUAUUUCGUCAAUAACAAUGUUUAUGAGCAUGAUAAUGAUGAAUUUCACGAAAUGAAUGAUUUGAAAAAUAGGUUUCCUUGAUAUAUGUUUCCUUAAUUAAAAAAAAAAAAUGAAACAAAAAUAAUAGGAGAAAUAUUACCAUUCCCUAGGAUUAUGCAAUAUUAUUUACCUGUGCCUAUGACAAAAUUGAUGAGCAUGAUAAUGAUAAAUCAAAAUGAAUAUUACAAAUGAAGGAAAUGAAUAAACCUAGGGUUCCAAAUUUUAUUUUUGACAAAAUUAAAGCAAAAUUAAUGAUACAAAAUAUUACCAGUCCUCUAUUUUUUCUUCCACAAAACUGUUAACAUUUACCUAGGCCUAUUUAAAAUGUAAUUUUUUUUAAUGGAAAUAAAGGACAAGUAGGUCAUCAUGCAGCUGUGAGCAGUUUUUACAAAGUAUUAGUCAUAUAACAUAUGAUGACAGCAAGACGUCUAGCAAUAAUGAAUAUGGGAUUGCCAGUCUACAGACAGACAGACAGUCUCACCUUUGUUAGAUGACCGAAAACCCCAGUCACUUUCGACCAAACGGCACAAAGUCUCAAUCACUUUCGCCUGAAACCGAAAGUUAACAUUUCAGUUUCGGCCAAAGUGGAAAUUAAACCAAAAUUUAACUUUUUGGUUUUGGCCGAAAGUGAUCAAAUGGCCAAAACUGAAGCAGAAAUUCUGUGGGUCUCUAAUUCUGGGGCAACUUGAUUCAUUGCCAACAGAAAGGGCUCGGCGUGCUAGCUGAGGUACACCUGCUAUAGAUUUGCCACCACUUGCCGAUGCUAAUUAAUGAUUAGGCGGCACACAUUUCAGUAUUUGCGGGGCCACAUCUGGUAAUCUUUGGUGUUGUUUGCCCAUGAAUGCCAUAAGAAUAAUAUGAUAGUACUGUUGGUAGAAGACUUCCGACACAUCUUUUAAAAGGCGUUAUCUCAUUUUCAAGGCUUUUUUUGUUUCAGUGAGGUUUUCAAAGCAAGAGAUAAGAAAACAAAGACUGUUGUUGCAAUGAAAAAGGUUCUUAUGGAGAAUGAAAAGGAAGGGGUGAGCAUUUAGUGAUUUAGUAAAUAACAUAUUUUUAAACGAGAUGAAUAACGGAAAUAAUAAAUAGAAUGUAUCAAAUGAAAAUAGUUGUAGAUUUAUAGAAAUGUAUCAUAAUUUCUUGUCAGAGCUGUAAAUUCAUGGAACUUCAGACCCAUAUGAGAUACUUCUUUUAAAAAUGCCAUGGGGGGGGGGGCUUAGGGCAAACCCCCAAAAUGCAGCCCCUCAUAAUUAAAUAACGUGCCGCCCAGGGUGAACCUGUAAAAUAAGGAUUUGGCGCCCCUUCACUUUUUAAUUCACUUUAAAGUGCCUAUUAAUGACGAUUUUGGAGCCCCCCACCCCCUCUGAUGUUGUCGCUCGGGACGAGUGCCCCCUUCAUCCUGGCCCUGGCUAUCACAUGUAACUUUUCCUAGUGGGGAGCAUACAAAAUUCAUGGUGGCUUCACAUUUCAAGCAUAACAUAUGGUCGGUCUUGUCAAAAGAUAUAUCCAUGCAUAAAACUCUUUAUUUGAUUUUCUAUAUUUAAAUGAUUUAUUUUGUCAUUUUUUAGUUUCCCAUAACAGCUCUCAGAGAAAUAAAAAUUCUUCAAGUUCUCAAGAAUGAUAACAUUGUGAACCUGCUGGAGAUUUGCAGAGCAAAAGGUUUUUGAAACUUGUUGCCCUAGUUCAAAAUUGGUGUUAAGUUAUUUAGCAUUUGUUCUUAACCAAACUCCCCUUAGCGAUGUCUUAGUAAUCAGACACCAUUUGUUUCACAAAUCACCUAAUCAGCAUUAAGAUUUGUUAGAUGUUUUUAAUUUUUUAUGUCAGCAACCCCUUACAACCGAUUCAAGUCAACUGUCUACCUGGUGUUUGAGUUCUGUGAGCAUGAUCUGGCCGGACUUCUCAGCAACCCACAGGUCAAGUUCAGUCUGGCAGAGAUCAAGAAGGUCAUGCAACAGCUUCUCAACGGCCUGUACUACAUUCAUAGGUAAGACUCUAGUUUCCUGUAAGUCUUGAAUCAGAUGAGUAUCAAUUUGUUUAUCGUGCUGUACUUUUUCUCAUACUCUCUGAGAGGAAUGGGCUGUUUCACUGUGCUGUUAAUUCAUGCUGCUUUAAAUUUAAUUUUUUUUUUUUUUAAAGCAUUGCUUGUUACAUAACUGACAUUGGUUAAGCCAAGGCUUAUAAAGUUACAUGAAAACUUUACACGUAAUUUUGGUACACACAAAAAAGAAAUUCAUGGCAAUAUUUUAUGUAUUCUUUUUCCUAGCAACAAAAUUCUUCACAGAGACAUGAAGGCAGCAAAUAUUCUCAUCACCAAGACUGGCAAGUUGAAGCUGGCUGAUUUUGGCCUAGCCAGAGCCUUCAGGUGUGAUAAAUUAUUAUAUAAUUAGUAUUAAUGAAUGCAUUAUUGAAUAUCUAGUAAUAGUCUAUAGUAAUAAUGCAGUCAUGAUGUAUCUAUUAACAUUAUAAUAUGUGUAUUAAUAAUGUAGCCAUACUGUCCACUUUGUAGUGACAAGCUGAACAGGUACACAAACCGCGUGGUCACACUGUGGUACAGACCCCCUGAGCUGUUGUUAGGAGAGAGAAACUAUGGGCCAGCCAUUGACCUUUGGGGAGCCGGCUGCAUCAUGGCAGAGAUGUGGACCAGGAGUCCCAUCAUGCAAGGCAACACGGAGCAGCACCAGGUUACUGCAUUUCAAGUUAUUAGCAAAUCAUUGAAAACACAUGUUGUUGACAUUGUCUAUUAGAUUAUUCUUACUUGUAAGUUUAAAAGAUUUUUAAAAUUCUUUCAGAAUGACUGUAUGGUUAUUGUUUUUCCUUUUCAAUUAUGUUUCUAUGAAAAAGUCUUGGAUUUCUGUAUAAAUUCACUUUGACAAUUAUAUUUUCCAGCUCACACUAAUCAGUCAGCUGUGUGGCUCCAUCACGCCCGAAACCUGGCCAGGGGUGGACAAGCUUGAUCUCUUCACAAAAAUAGAACUGCCCAAAGGCCAGAAGAGAAAGGUUAAAGAGCGUCUCCAUGGCUACGUCAAGGAUCAAUAUGCCCUGGACCUGCUGGACAAACUUCUCACCCUCGACCCGACCAAACGGGUGAACUCGGACGACGCCCUGAACCACGACUUCUUCUGGGUGGAUCCCCUGCCCCAAGACCUGAACCACAUGCUGUCUCGCCACAACAAAUCAAUGUUUGAGUACUUGGCCCCCCCUCGCAGACGGGCUCCUAUAAAUCAGCCGCCACAGCCGCCUGGUGCCGUCAGACCUGCUGGUCACAACCCCGACCAACACUUCGAAAGAAUCUUUUGAACAGCCAGCAAAGUGGAUGCGUAUGGGUGCGCUUGUAAAUAUUCUGAGAAUAGACAAGCAAAGAGGGUAUGAGAAAACACAAAAAUUAGUACAAAAAUCAAAUUUUUGGGGGGUUUUGACCCCAGGUGUCUAACAACAUUGGUGACUUAAUAUCUGAUUAAGCUACUUGAACGGCAUUUGCUGUGAAGACAUUCAAUUCUGCGUGACUGACUUUCACUGGAUUUUGAUGUGACUGUGAUGGGGAAAGCCCAUUAUCUGAAACCAUUGGUCCACACAUUUAGCGAGAAUUGGUAACACAGAACCUUUCAUUAUUUUGAAUGAGUUUUACAACUGCUACAGUGCUACAUGGUACUUCAAGGUUCGCCUUUUCCAAUGUGUUACUGUACUCUAUUUCCUUCAAGCCUAAUCAGAAAUGACAAAAAAAAAAAAAACUUUUUAAAUAAAAUACACAUUAAAAUUUUGGGCCACAUUUUCAAUAACUGUCUUGUGGUGAUAAUAUGAUGAUGAAAAAGUUAUUGCCGCAAUGAUCAUGUUUCUAUUCAGUCAUAGAUGUUUCUAGUGUUGCAAUACAACAAAAAAUCUCUUUGCAUCUAGUUCAUUCUAGUUGUUGGUUUUUUUUAUGUGAGCUGGCUGUUUUCAUACUUCACGGAGACAUUGUUCUUUCAGACAGCGUUGCUUAUCUUGGUGAAACCUUGCACUGGGGGAUUGUAACCCUCUACUGGACCAUCCCAAAGACUAUCACCAAAAUCUGGACCAGUGUGGCUUGGGGAACAGUUUAGUGUUGUGAUGUACCAUGAUGACUCUUAAGGUGCAUUGGUCCACCACUGCCCAGCUUGCAUCACUCUCACUUGUUUGGAUAUGAAGGUCAAAGUUCAUCUUCUAAACUCCCUGGGAUUGAUGACAACAUCAGUUUCAGGUCAAUAAUCCUUACUGAAGCCUUUGUGUCGUAAUCGUAAAGAUUCUGGGGCAAUUUUUGUUGCUGUUGUACAAAUCAUUUGACCCUGACAACAGUUGUCCAGAAAAAACAGGAGACUUCAUCCUGUGAUUAUAUGUUUUCAUCAAUUCUUGACAUCAUCAUGGCCGAUUACGUUUGAACAGUUCCAUAUUGGAGCUUGGGAUUUCAUUUUGGAAGAAGCUUUUUUUUCCUUUUCUUUAAGUUGUCUGCGUAUUGAUGUUAUCAUUGAACAGUUGUGUUGCUUUUUCCUAUGUGAUUGUGAGAGAAUGAUUAUAUUGGAGUGACUGUUCUAUGCUGGUUAAAGCCAAGUCAGUUCAUCGCUGACUGAAGCCAAGUCAGUUGAUCGCUGGCCGAAGCCAAGUCAGUUCAUCUCUGGCUUAAGCCUAGUCAGUUCAUUGCUGGCUGAAGCCAAGUCAGUUUAUUUCUUAUGAACGCUAAUGUAUUGUGGUGCUAUGUCUGAUCUAUGAUUACAUUUGAACAUGUACAGAAUUAGUAUUACACACAUGAAUUUAAAUUUAAUUCAUACCAAAUUGAAUUCCUGAAUGAAUUUUUGAUUCAGUGUGAGUGUUGAACAGUUGAGAUCUGAGAGUUGAUACCUUGUACACCAUCCCAUCAUUUAACAUGAACGUGUACAGCCUUAUUAAACAUGUCAAAACAACAUUUU